AUGUCUAGCGAAGCCCGGGGCCCGGGCCGGCGUAAUCGAUCGCAAAAAAAUGCUAUUGUCCCUGGUCGCCCCCCUGUGCAGCGACAGCGACAUUCCGGGAACGUUCCAGGAGCCAUGCACCCCAGCCGAGCAGAGCAAAUUUGCCAAGGUGAACUCUAUGUCUACCAUGAACAUGAGUAUGAGAACAGGGUUAACACCUAUGAAACAGUGGACUCUUGGAGGGCAUACAAGGACGAUGACCUCAAUCUCCAGUCUUCGCUCACAUCAAACCCCUACCAACCUCUGGGCUCGUCUAAUGGAAACAUCCCGACCUCCGCUCAGCUCGGCUUGAACGCCCGUGCCCCUGCCUUCACUCCUUAUCAACCUCGGAGGUUAGUCCACAAUUGCGCUCGAUAUCCUAAUUAUCGAGUUGACAAACCCUACAGAGUUUCGAAUGGUGUUCGCGAAAGACAAAUUCUACAGCAGGCCCUCCAAGAGCCUCAGAGCCCGAAUUACAGAUACCCUUUACACAGUCGACAAGGGGGACAGAGCACUCCACGCCAGCUCUCUGCAAAUACUCCAAUUUCGUCCAUCGAAUCAGGUUUCGUUCCACUCCGCACGUCAACAAAUCUUAUUCCCUCGUCGCUUCCCCCGAGGUUUGCAGACCGCCGCAGCUACAGCCGAACCCCUCCCAAUGUCAAACCUCCGACACGUCCAUUGGCAACAGCCAAAUAUUUGAAAGAUGCUGGAAGAUUGCCAGAGGCAAUUAGUUCACCCAAGAACCUUCUAGUCAUCCUUGAUCUUAACGGCACUCUCCUAGUCAGACCCAAAAACGGGAAGAACCCAAUGUCGUUUAAGUUACGACCAGGAGUCACCAGUUUACUUGAAUAUCUCUUCGCUAAUCAUGUUGUCAUGGUAUAUUCGUCUGCCCGACCUGCAAAUGUACAAGGGAUUGUCAAAAAGUUAUUCCAUCCCAGACAACAGACUCAGCUGGCGGGUAUCUGGGCAAGAGAUAAAUUGGAGCUAGAUGAGGACCAAUAUAAUGCCAAAGUUCAGGUUUACAAGAAAUUGGACAAGAUCUGGAAUGAUCCAAUCAUUCGAGCAUCAGCAGGACCAGGACAGAGGUGGGAUCAGACAAACACCGUACUCGUCGAUGACAGUCGUCUCAAAGCAGCCGCACAGCCUCACAAUCUCGUUCAGGUGCCCGAAUUCGAGAACAAUGCUCCAAAAGAGGGCGGUGCUGCCCUUCGCUCUUGGCAACUGCAAGAGAUCGCCAUAUUGAAGUCUUUGGAACAGAGGCUUGAAGAACUUAAAUGGCAGGUUGAUGUUUCAAGAUUGAUCCGUGAAUGGCAGACCGGUAAGCGAUCGGCUCCUGGUGUUGUGGACGAAACCAUCGAUCAAAAGACACAGCGGAAUGUUCAAGAGCAGCUACCGGGUGAAAGUAGUUGUACCGCUAGUCUCCAAAGCGUCGAUCAUAUGGCCACCGAACUGGCUCAAAAUAUCUCCUACAGCCCUCAAAUCCCCCUAAUAUCCACCCCCACGGACCAUGGAUCAGAUGUCACCAAGGAAUCCUCUCUUUUAGAUGUGCUUGAGGAAGAAAUGAAUCGAACCAUGAAGAACACUCACCUCAAGGAGAAUAAUAGUCAACGCAGCGAGUCGCCUAUCAACGAAAGCGUCUUUGCCGAACUAUUCAGCCGGGCAGGUAACAAGUCUCCCAAGUGA